AUUCAGUUUACUGUCCAAUAACAUAUUAUUAUGCUAGCAUAGGUUAAACGACAACUAACCUAAUAAAUAGUAGAUAAACAGGCAAAAGGGAACAAAGAGAUUCUAUUUCUUCAGUCUGUGGUAAGCCUAUAUCAUCUAUAUUAAAAUCAACUAUAAAUCCUAUCAUUAAACUUUCUCCUUUAAUUUCUCCACCUUUAUUUUAUACUUUCUAAUAUUGCAGUUAUUGCACUCGAUAUCACUCAUUUUCGAGAUUAUCCAAUAUGCUUAUUUGUUUUCUUCUAAAGUAGCUAGCUGCGUUAUCUGUAGUUGACUUUUUAGUUUCUGGAGCACAGAUUAUGGAUACCGUAGAACUCUCCUCUAGGUUGCUGUUGAGGCGAGUCAACAGACUCCUUUAUUGGAACAACCGUAACAAAUCUCUCAAAUAUACUUGAAACAUAUACUAUAUAAGUUUCCGCCCAUAUACAGCAAUACAUUUAUGAAAUUCCAAUAAAGGAAGUUUUUUCAUGACCGUAAAAUCUGUAUUGAUUAUCAAUAUAAUCAUCUUUACAACCCUAGAACUGUCUAGUACCCAAAAUAAUCUAAAGAUUUCCUAUCUAGGUUGAUUUGUUAGGAUAUGUUGUUGGUGUAUAGGAGACAUGCUUUAAUCCGUAGGAAUAGCAAGUAGAUACUCAGGUCUCGAGUAAACCUGUCUACGCUUAAUAAAUCUGGAUUAGGAGUUUUUCCUUUCCAUAUUCUUUCAUUCAAGUUUGUAAAUGUUUUACUGAACUACAUAACGAAUGGUCUUAACAUGAUGAUAUUGCGUGAUUUGGUCCUAUCAACCAAUUAAUUAAUCCAACUUAAAGAUAAAUAUAUUUAAUUUCACAAAACGAAAGUACAAAAUGCUGCAUAUUUAGAAUUCAUUGCUUACCAAUCUUAGCCUAUUACUGAUAACGAUAUAAAAUUAUUUAUGCUUAACUAUAAGAAAGUAAACUGCAAAGUAGAAAUUAAAUAUUUAGUAUUAAAAACAUCCCAGAACAAAGUCUUAAAACCGAUAAGAAACAAAAGUAUCUUGGGCGUAUCUUUUAGGCAAUUUUUUGGUGAUAAUUUUCAAAGUUAUUAUAACGAGUUCUUUCAUACAAAAUAAUAAAAUUGUAGCUAGAGAGGAUGAAAAACAGCAACGUAUUUAUAGUUUUCUUCUUUACAACGCUCUUUACGUCUUCAAUUUCAUUCAAUUGCCCUGUUGACAACAACUUCAGACCAAUUGAUGGAGCCUACAGAGAUCCGCAAUUUUGCGGUGCCUAUUAUCAAUGUAUCGAUGGUAAAGCUUAUCCACAGAACUGUCCUCUUGGUCUUUUCUUCAGAUUUACAACGCUAGAUUGUACAAUUAUAACUUGUGUUGAACCUGAAUAUGCUGAUUGUCCAACGUCCAAUAAUGAGGUGUUUCAUAAAAAACCUAAUCAAUGCGAACCAAACCAGAAAGAUUUUUCAAAUCCGUGUUAUACAAAAACUGAUGAAUGUGCACCAAAUCUUAAUGCAACAGUUCCGAGUUUAAUCGAUUGUAGAAUCUAUUAUCAUUGCGACAAUGGAGUAUCUUGGCCCCAACAAUGUCCUCCCGGUUUCUUUUUUAGCCCUAUAGUUAAUCCGAGAACGUGUACCAUAAAGCUUUGUGUUCGAGCGGAAGAUGCGAACUGUCCAAGACCAGGAGGUUGGUCUGAAUGGUCACCUUGGGGUGAAUGUGAACCGAGUUGUGGAGGUGAUGGAAUACGAACUCGAACAAGAAACUGCAAUAAUCCUCCACCAAUAAACGGUGGUGCCGAAUGUCCGGGUGUACCAAUUGAAGUGGAAGAUUGUCAAACACCCGAAUGUGGCAUUUACAGACAACCGGCGUUUAUGGUAACUUUAGAGACAAGCGCAAUUCUUUCUCAGGAGAGAGUUAAAUGGAAUUCGAUUGAUGUUAAUCAAGACGAUUUAUUUAAUAAUGCAGACAAUUCAUUAAAUAUCAAAAAGUCUGGUUUAUAUUAUAUGUCUAUAACUGCUACUAUAGGGGGAAAUAGUGGAACUCAUCUUUCCCUUGAGAAUUUGGGUAAAAGAAUGGAUUUAAAGAGAGAAAGAAAUGAGAAAAGCUUUGAUCUGAUAACUAGAAAUUGUCUAUUCAAUUUGAACAGUUUAUAUCGACCAUACGUUUACCAAAGACUGACUUCUUCAUUCUUGGCAGGUGAUAAUUUUGGAAAGGAUACUUCCUGGUUAGGAUUUAAAUAUUCAUCUAAUAAUUAUUUAUUCGCUGGUUCCGAAAUGAUCACUUCUGAUGAACGCUAUCUUGCUCUCGACUCUAUUAUAAAUAUAAGAAACUUUGUGGCUGUUAACUCGAAUAGAAGGUUUAUUAGUAGAGAAGGUGGAGUCUAUUUUGUUAACUUUGGCAUUAGACCUCUUUCAACAGAAUAUGUAAAUGUUUCCAUUUUCAUAAAUUCAACAAAUAAUCCAUUUGAAAGAAUAAGACGUAACAGUAAACACAUUGAUAGUUCCGAUCAAUUAUCUCGUAGUUUCAUUCGUUUGAUUGACGAUGAUACGAGCUUUGAGUAUUUUAUUGAAGGAGGACAUAACUCAUCUGAAGGUUUUCCUACUUAUUUGUUAGCAUAUAAAUUGAAUGAUAGUUUACCUAUUCUAUUUGUCUGGCAAAUCUUCUUUACAACGCUCUUUUCACCUUCAAUUUCAUUCAAUUGCCCUGUUGACAACAAUCUCAGACCAAUUGAUGUAGCCUAUAGAGAUCCGCAAUUUUGCGGUGCCUAUUAUCAAUGUAUCGAUGGUAAAGCUUAUCCACAGAACUGUCCUCUUGGUCUUUUCUUUAGAUUUACAACGUUAGAUUGUACAAUUAUAACUUGUGUUGAACCUGAAUAUGCUGAUUGUCCAACGUCCAAUAAUGAGGUGUUUCAUAAAAAACCUAAUCAAUGCGAACCAAACCAGAAAGAUUUUUCAACUCCUUGUUUUACAAAAACGGACGAAUGUUCACCAAAUCUUAAUGCAACGCCCCAACAAUGUCCUCCCGGUUUCUUUUUUAGCCCUAUAGUUAAUCCGAGAACGUGUACCAUAAAGCUUUGUGUUCGAGCGGAAGAUGCGAACUGUCCAAGACCAGGAGGUUGGUCUGAAUGGUCACCUUGGAGUGAUUGUGAACCGAGCUGUAGAGGUGAUGGAAUACGAACUCGAACAAGAAACUGUAAUAAUCCUCCACCAAUAAACGGUGGUGCCGAAUGUCCGGGUGUACCAAUUGAAGUGGAAGAUUGUCAAACGUUAUUGAGAAAAUUACCAGAGAGUACCGAGUCUAAUUUAAUAUCAAAAGCAGGCUUGGUUAGAAUGAAUGCAGGAGACAAUCUACAUGUAGAUUACACAGGUUGUAAAGCUAAUGAUGUAAUGUACUCGUCAAUGUUAUUAUUUUUAAUAGUUUAA